CAGAGACUGCGGACAUAGUACAGGGGAUGACCAGAGACUGUGGACACAGUACAGGAGAUGACCAGAGACUGCGGACAUAGUACAGGAGAUGACCAUAGACUGCAGGCAUAGUAUAGGAGAUGACCAGAGACUGCGGACAUAGUACAGGGGAUGACCAGAGACUGCGGACAUAGUACAGGAGAUGACCAGAGACUGCGGACAUAGUACAGGAGAUGACCAGAGACUGCAGACAGUAGUACAGGAGAUGACCAUAGACUGCAGGCAUAGUAUAGGAGAUGACCAGAGACUGCGGACACAGUACAGGAGAUGGUCAGAGACUGCAGACAUAGUACAG